GCAGAACCCAAACAAUCAAAUUAAUGAAUGCUGCAGCUGAGGAAGCUGAGCUGCUGACCAGGUGAGUGGAUCCUCAUUGCUGUCAGAUGGCCAUCUAGCCUCUGUUGAAAAACCUCCAAGGAAGGAGAGCCCACCCCCUCCCAAGGAGGAAGCCUGUUCCACUGAGGAACCACUCUAACGGUCAGGAAGUUCUUCCUAAUGUUUAGGACUAUGGAGCCUCUCUGGGCCCUCCUGCUACUGGGUGUGAUGGUGUUUCCCAAAGGCCUGCGUGGUGACACCACCGGCUGUGUCACUUCCUUGAAACGGGACAUCCUCAAGCUGAUGGUCAAGUGGGAAGAUGCCACCUGCCUCCAGAACCAGCAGGGCCUGCCCCCCAACCUGCUCCAGACUCUGCCCCGCAGCUGCAAGGAAAUCAAGACGGCCCUGGAAGGCGCUGCAGAUGGGCUGUAUUUCCUGGGCACAGAAGAUGGUGAGAUCUACCAGACGUUCUGUGACAUGACCACCCAUGGAGGCGGGUGGACUCUGGUGGCAAGCAUCCAUGAGAACAACAUCCAUGGGAAGUGCACCGUGGGAGACCGCUGGUCCAGUGAGCAGGGGCCCAAUAGCAACUACGCCAGUGGGGAUGGCCACUGGUCAAAGAACACUACCUUUGGCACAGCCGUGGGCUCAACGAGCGAUGACUAUAAGAACCCUGGCUACUACGACAUCCAAGCAAAGGAUAUGGCCAUAUGGCACGUCCCCAACCUCACCCCCAUGAGGGAAUGGCGAAAUGCUGCCAUCUUGAGGUAUCACACUGAGACGGGUUUCUUUGCUGUGGAAGGAGGGAACCUCCUCAAGCUCUAUCAGCAAUACCCAGUGACCUUUGGCAGUGGCAGCUGCCCAAAGAACAACGGCCCAAUUGUGCCAGUGGUCUACGAUUUUGGCAAUGCCGAGCAGACGGCCUUCUAUCACUCCCCCAAUGGCAGAAAUGAAUUUGUCGCUGGCUACAUUCAGUUCCGGGUGUUUAACAAUGAGAAAGCAGUCCUGGCUCUCUGCCCUGGCAUUAAAGCCACCGGCUGCAACACCGAGACGUUCUGUGUUGGUGGAGGAGGGUAUUAUCCAGAAAGUAAUAACCAAUGUGGUGACUUUACAGCCCUUGCCUGGAGUGGCUACGGAGCACACACACAGUGGAGUGUUAGCAAACAGUUACUGGAAUCUGCCUUGCUUCUCUUCUACCGAUGAGCCAGGAGAGCUGCUUCUUACAAGCCUCACAGCUGGACAGAGGAAAUCUGCAAAGAUUUUUGCCUCAAUACCUUCCUAGCCAAUAAUGCCAAUAAAAUAAAAGGCACCAGAA